CACCCUAGGGCCAAGAGCUGAUGAGGGCGAGGGCCACAGAGACCAGUCAGUCAUCCCUCAGAAUCGAGUGAGUCCUGAUCAAUUAACCAGUUGCACGUCCGAUUCCAAUGGUCUAGCAAAUUUCCAUCCAAGUAAUUAGUAACUCUAUUUAGUUUCGGUUAGAUUUAGAAAUGGCUGAGGCUCAGAUAUUGAUGAGUGAGGAAGACGAGCAAGCAAUUUUGAAGGAGGAGGGUGAGGAACGCGAGAGAAUUCAUUCUCUGAGUUUUUUUCUGAAAUUUUGGGAUGUGUUCACUUCUAAGAAGAAGGAGCGUAGUCCUAGCAAUACCCAUAUCUAUGUUUACACUCCCGCCUAUGAAAUACUGCGUGAGGAAUAUACACUACCAGAAGAACAAGAUGUGACCUUCUAUAAAGAUGACGGUACUUCGCAGACUAUUAUCGUAGAGAGAGAUCUCUGUGCUAGCGACCUAUGCCAGCUGCUUGUUAUGAAAAACAAUGUAGCGAAGAACUUGGCUACUAAUUGGGGGAUAGUGGAGCACUGGAUUGAAACUGGUCUAGAGCGAAUCUUAGAAGAUCAUGAAAAAGUUCUCGAAGUGUACCAUUUUAUGAAUCGCAACGGUGAUUCCAAAAAGAACAAAUUUAUUUUUCGAAAUAAUAUCAGGAAAUAUGAGUUCUACGAAAACCCAGAGCAAUACUUACCUAUUGACAUGAUUGACUAUCCAGGUAUAGAAACCAUGAGUCAAUCGAACGGUUACAUGUUUCUGAGGAUGAUGCUAGAUUCGGAAAAGUGCAGUCUUCGAGUAAUAAGCAACGUUUGGGUGCUGGAUAAAAAUAACAACAAGUGGGAAAAGGGAUACAUCAUAUUCAGAGAUGGAGUAAUCUACCUAACUAUGGAGGUACGAUAAUGUAUAAAUAUUACUUUUAAAUUAGCCCACAUAAACUUACUUAUCAGAAAAUGAGUACAAACCUUUGCUCUAGAGAUCUACCUAUUAUAAAAGUAUUCCUAUUCUUAUGUUUGAAUGUUAAUUGAAAUAUAUUUCUUAUUUUUCAACACCCCAACUUGAAGUGUCUUUUGAAGUAAUAUUCGCGUGGCCAUUAUUGGCGAGGAGUUCCUUAUGCGAGUUGUAUCUAUUCUGACAGGCGGGCAUCGGCGGGCCUCAUCACUAUUACAUUUCAUCCGACAAUUUAACGCACCUAUCUUAGAACACUUCCUUGUCUAGUGUAUGGGCAUCUGUACCAGGUAACUUCCAUGGACUUGGCUGCGCUCACACUGGAUGCGUUUGGUCCUACAAAUUCCCACAGAACCUCACAAACGAUUCUGAUGGGUCUCACGACUAUUAUUAGCUCACUCUGUACGUACGACUUGGACUUAAGUAUACGCACAUACAAUUCCGACAUCCGAUUUCGUUUCCAGCAUUUUCGGAUUAGACGGGUGACUGCAUUAAACCAAAUUCAUAACCGUUGUCUGUUAUCAACAAUAGAAUCCUCAUAAAGGAAUAUCAGUGAUAUUGAUGGAAAUUUAUCUUAAAUGAUCGGCUCUCAAUAAUUCUGUGUGGUUUCAUUUAUCAACCAAAAGUUUUCAACAUUCCCGGGGCUGUUUUUAACAUUCCCGAUUUCGAAUAUAGAACAUAUAAUAAAAAAUAUAUCAUUUUUAUUAAUACUUAGUUGUUGUUAAUUGUCAAGUUGACUUGACUUGUUUGAGUUUGCCAGAUUGAUGAAGGUCCAAUUGUACAGACUGAUUCUCAUUUUUGAUGUAAUGUAGAAGAGCGCAACUUGUGUGAGCAGUGAGCACUCAUUUUGUAAGGUCGGUGAUGUGCGUUUACAUAAUUAUGACAGAACUUCUAAGGCUGUUUUUUCACUGGAAUAGGCAUUCUGUCGUGUACUAGUUGAAAUUGAACCAUUCAAAACUAUGUAGUCUUUUCAUGAAAAAGAUAUUUCCGUCAUAUGGCUGGGACGAAGAAACGCGGCAGUGAAUUAUUGCAUAUAGGAUACAAGAGGUCAUGCCAUGAUUAGGGCGGACACUUCUCAGCAAAUUUUAAACAUCUUACAUCUCUAGUGGAUGUCUUUCGAUUCUUUCGAUUGGGCUUUUUUCGCUUAGAACAACUCCAUUAUUUAGUUCUGGUGCUGCGAAUUACUCUUUGCGGCUAAACAACGUUAAUAAAAUGCAUCAAUUAAACAAUAUUAUAGAAAUACUCAUCACACAAUAUCAUGAGAUAAAUUUGAGAUUUGAAUGCAGUUUAGGCUAUCGAGAAACGAAAAAUUCAUUCAUAUUAGAGCGUUUGAAAUUCAUUAAUCACAUAACCACAAUAAUAAAGAAAUAGAAAUAGAGGAAGUGGAAAACUUCUAAUUUUCUAUUCAAAUGGAGGUAAUAUAACCGCUCUCAAUAAUUAUUCUUUGAGGUUUCAUUUAUCAACCAAAAGUUUUCUACAUUCCCGAUAUCGAAUAUAUUUUAAGAAUCUUAUACUAGUUAUUUGUGCAACU